UCGCUCCAUUUUGUCAAUAAUUUCAGCAUUUUCUCCAUUUGAAGCACUCUUCCAUUCCAAAUUCCUAUUUCAAUGGCUUGUUCAAUUUCGCCAGUAAUCUCUCCUAUACAACAUUCACACUCUUCUAAGUUUUUUCUGCCUAUAUUGUUUCUCGGAAAUGGAAAAAUUAAUAAUAAGAAAAUAACGAUAAGAGCAAUGGUUCAGCAGGCAGUUCAAGGGUCUUCAGCUGCUUAUGCAAAGGAAAUGGAAAGACUAUCUACUAAAGAGUCUCUGCUUCUCGCUUUCAAAGACGCUGGGGGGUUUGAUGCUUUAGUCACUGGGAAAAUAACAGAUAUGCAGCGUAUCGAUGUGAAUGAGAUGAUAGUUAGCCUUGAGCGACUCAAUCCAACACCUCGACCAACAACGUCUCCUUAUCUGGAUGGCAGAUGGAAUUUCAAGUGGUUUGGAUCAGGAAGCCCUGGGCUCUUUGCUGCUCGGUUUGCGUUUGAGAGGUUUCCUCCUGCAUUCGCAAAUUUAUCGAAAUUGGAUGUAGUGAUCAAGGAUGGAUAUGUUAAUAUUGAAGCAAAUGUUAAAUUCUUCAACUCGAUAGAAAGCAAUGCUAUUCUCUCAACCAAGUUAUUAGUCGAGGGACCACUUAGAAUGAAGGAGGAAUAUGUUGAAGGAAUACUCAAAUAUCCAAAGAUCAAUGAAGAAAUCAUACCUGAACAGCUAAGAAGUGCUUUCGGUCAGGCAGCAGGCACACUAGAGCAACUUCCUGAUCCCAUUAGGGAUGCUGUGGCAACUGGAUUCAAGGUCCCUCUUGGUGGGUCCUUCUACAGGCGUUUUAUGAUUUCUUAUAUGGACGAAGAGAUCCUAAUAACAAGGGAUACUGCUGGAAUUCCUGAAGUCCUUAUGAGAUUGGAUUCAGCUUCAUCUCCUGUGAUUGAACCAGUUACGGAUUAUGAGAGUUGAAGGUCUUAUUUUUACAUCAAUCAAAGUAACUGUAAGUUUUCCAUCUGUCUGAUUCACAUUGUAACUUCUGAAUAAAAUUACUCCAUCACCUCCCCACCUGCCCAGAUUAUGGGAAAAUGACUGCUCUAUAUUCUUGUUUCUUUCUUUCCUCUCUUUUACUGCGUAAAACUCAUUGGUCAUCAAAAGAAUGGGUAAAACUUUCCAAAUUUGUAGUUGCAAGUUAUAGUGACUGAGGAGAAGUGGUUGAUGUGAAUAACAAGUAGUAAGGGUUAUUAUUGGAGUUGGUAGUUACCCCCUUUUCACGUUAAUGCAUGUGAAUCUUGUUCACAUUUGUUUCUGGAUGUAGAAAAUCUCCAGCUUUAUAAUAGGAUUGGUCGUCAGCAUUUUAUUUCAUGCACAAGUACUAUUGAAGAUUAAACUUAAAUGUACAAUGUCCCCCAUGAACUUGUUUUUACCAUUAUCAAGUGGUGUUCUGAGUAUUAAUUUUCAAAUAAAUAAAUGUGUUUCCGUACUAA